AUGGUCGACGGACUUCCAGGCCACGAGCACGAUUUCUAUCCGAUCAUCACAGAGAGCCGCUGGCUCGGUGGUCAUACAGACUACAACGACUUGAAUGAGGGACUUCCGUACUGGUUCAAUGGGCUGGUUCCUUUAGCAUACCUGACCGACGACCAGCGUCUUAAAGAGCAGGUCGGGAAUGUCGCCGACCAUGUCUUAUCGCAUCAGCAGGAUGACGGAUGGCUGGGCCCUGAAUCAAGCCUGUCAGCGCGGAACUUCUGGGGAAGAUCGCCGAUGCUGUUGGGACUGAGCCAGUUGGCUGAAGCGGAGGCGGGUACGGAGAUCGAGACGAGGAUUCUGGACGCGAUGCACAUGUUUGUCAAUCUGAUGCACUCGAUGCUAUCUGAUAAUUACCGGGGUCUAGUGCAGCAGACCGAUGAUGAUGUUGAUGAUCGAUGGGGGUGUACUCGCGCGGCGGAUAUGGUGGCUAUGGGAGUCUACCUCAAGGACGAUCUUGACACGGUCUCCUUGGACAUCACCGACGCAAACGAUCCGUUCGAGCAUGGGGUCAACGUCGCCAUGGGCUUGAAGAGCGGAGCGGUCUUUAGACGCCUGACGUAUGACGAGGGAUCAGCUGCCAGCGCGCUGAGAGCCGUCGAUUGGACAUCUACGUACCAUGGAACUGUCUCUGGGUCGAUCAUCGGCGACGAGCGGAUCUCCGGGUUGAGUCCCGCACGUGGCGUGGAGCUUUGUACCGUGGUUGAGACGAUGUCUUCGCUGAGCUACCUGUACCAGGCUCUGGGAGACAAUUCGCUGGCUGAUCAGUGUGAGCUCGCCGCCUUCAAUGCGCUGCCUGUCAUGACUCUUCCAGACUGGUCGGCACAUCAGUACGUCGCGCAGACUAAUCAGCCCAUCUCGCAUAGACUGGACGGCUCUCCUUUUCAGAACGUAAACGAGAUGGGUCAGACUUUUGGCCUGGAACCGAACUACCCUUGUUGCACUGUGAAUCAUCCGCAGGGAUAUCCCAAGUUUGUCUCUGCGGCGUUUGUAAGGCAGGGCCAGAAUGGUGUCGCGCACGCUCUUCUUGGGCCAAUGAGUGUCCAGACCUCAACAAAGUCAGGGACGCAGCGGCUAGUUUAUACCGUCGACGCAGACGGGCCAUUUGACUUCUCCGUACGGAUUCCAGGAUGGUCCCCCUCCACAGCUAUCUCAGUGAACGGAUCACCUCUUCGCGCGGCACCUGAUACCCGGACCGGCAUGGCAAAAGUUCCCUUAGAUCAAGGCUCAUCAGAGGUGAUUGUUACGUUCUCUGCAGAAAUCCAAGUGCAUUGCCGCGCAAACGAUACCGUGGCUAUCUACUACGGCAACCUGCUCUACGCCAUUCCGGUGCAAUACACACAAACCUCCCAUCCAGACCAGAGUUACCCGAAUCUUCCGGACAACAUACGAGACUAUGAGCUGCUUCCGACCGGUUUCUCGGCGUAUGCGAUCGACCCCUCUUCCCUUCGAUAUAAUGGCUUCGACGGAGGUCUGUCCAAUCCUCUCUGGACUCUAGGAGCACCCACAUCGAUCACUGCAACAGUCUGCGAGAUCCAAUGGGAGCUGAAAGAUGGAUAUGCACCCAACCCACCCCGCAAAGGUAACCGGUCUUGCCUAGGCGAGCCCUUCGAAAUCGACCUUGUUCCAUAUGGAAGUGCAAAGUUGCACAUGGCGAAACUGCCUGUGAUAGAAUGA